AUGAAAGAGAUAAUAGAAGAAAAAAACAGAGAAAUCAAAGAAAUUCAGUGUAAAAAAAAAGAGGAAGAACGAUUCUUAAAAUACCGUCAAAAACUGCGGGAAAAAUUAAAGGAAUGGGAGUGGAAAUUCAAAGAACAAGAAGGCCGUUAUCCAAAGAGAGAUGACAUAAAAAAAAACAAGAAAAUAAAGGAAUAUUAUAAACUAUACAAUCAAAUUCGAGCGGGAAAGAUAUCUUUAAAUCAGCAAAAUAUAGAAAAAAUACACAAAGAAUCUAAAAAUAAGAAAGAUAUAGAUGGAGAAGAAGGAAAAGAUUUUGAAAAAGAAGAAUUAGUGCUUUUAAAUGGGAAUUGUGAAGAAAUAGGUCCAACACCACAGAAAAUAGGGAAACCUAUAGGAAUUUUCGAUCAUUUCAAUGAUUAUUUAUAUAUUUCAGAAGAAAAAAAUGAAGUGAAUGUUGUAGAUAAAAAUACAGAAAAUAUAUCCAAAAAGAGCAAUAAUAACAUUUUUCAAACACCGUCAAAAACUCUAAAAACUCCAGACAGAAAUAACUUUCUUACAACUCCUGUAUUCCUUAGAAAAGUAGUGGAUAUGUCCUCUCCGACUAUUCCACGAUUUUCUUUCAGAACAUCAAUAUCCAAAAAAGGUCUUAGUUCAUUAAUAGAAGAGUUAAGACAAAUGGAAGAUAAUUUCGUUGAUCCAGGCGAAAAUGUAUUAAAAGAGAUUGAAGAAGAAAACUAUAAAGCAGCUAUAAAGUCAGAAAAAGAAGUCGAGCUUAUAGAAAAAUCAGAUUCUGAAAAUAAAACGUGGAAAAAAAGAGGAAUUAAGCGAUCAAGAAGAGUUAUAUUGCGACCUUCUAUUAAAAAACAAUCAAAAAAGCAACAAAAUGCAAAUACAUUAAUAAAUAAAAAAGCUUCAAAAGAAAACCAUAUUCUUUAUGAAAACAAAACCUUAAGUAAUGUAAGUGUACAAAAAGAAAUAGGAAAUGAUAAAAAAGACAAACAUAAGAAAUAUAUUAAAGGAAAAGGGGGUGUUAUUCUUCGUUCUCAAGUUAGUAGAAAUUAUGUAAGUUAUAAAUUAAAAAAGUAUAAAAAUAAAAAUAAAUCAUGGAAAAGAAGAUAA